CAAGAGGAGGAUCUGUGCCCUAAAAGGCUCAUCAGUCAACAUUUCAUGCACAUACUUCUCUUAUUGGGCUCCUAAUUCAGUCUUUUGGUUCAGUCCUGCACAUAGUCAUCACUGGCAGAAUCCAACACAGCCUCAGGACCUAAAAGAAGACUCACAGUAUGAAGGCCGUGUUCAGGUCUCUGGCAUUUGGAGAGCACACUCGACUCUGAGAAUCUCUGACCUGAGAGAGAGCGAUUCAGCAGAGUAUCGCUUUAAGUUCAAAGGACCACGCUCUAAUUGGGGGAACAGUUUCCCUGGUUCAACUCUGACUGUCACAGCUCUGCAGGUGCAGGUAACCUCGGUAACAGUCCUGCAGGAUUACACUGAAGCAGUGCUGAGGUGUCACCACAGCUGCUCUCCUGCUGGUGACAUGUCAUACAUCUGGUUUAAAAAUGGACAGGAAAUCCAAUAUGAAGAAAAGUCCUCUCAUGAGGACUGGUUUUACCCAGGAGACUUCAUCUCUUGUGCUCUGAAAGGACUUGAGAAGUCUGCCUCUCCCUCAGUGUAUGCUCUGAAGGCUCCCUCUGUGUCGGUAAGUCCUCCUGGUGAAAUAACGAAUGGCAGUUCAGUCACUCUGAAAUGUAGCAGUGAUGCUAACAGAGAAGCUAACUACACCUGGCUCAAGAGGAACCAAACACUGCCCAGGGAAGAACCACAACUUGUCUUCACUUCCAUCCAGCCCUCUGACUCUGGAGAGUAUCGCUGUACAGCUGAGAACGAGCUGGGAAAGAGAACAUCUGAACCCGUCUUUAUCGAUGUCAAAUAUGCUCCACAGCUUCCCUCCGUGUCAGUGAGUCCCUCUGGUGAGAUAAUGGAGGGCAGUUCAGUGAAUCUGACCUGUAGCAGUGAUGCUAACCCAGCAGCUAACUACACCUGGUACAAGGAGAAUGAAGACUCACCAAAAGCUGUAGGACCGGUCUUCAUCAUCACUGAAUCCAGAGCUGAACACAGUGGGAAUUAUUACUGUGAAGCCCAUAAUGGAAUAGGACGUCAGAACUCCACCUUACUUCUGAUUGUUGUGGCAGGAGCAUGGACAUCAACAGCUGUUGGAACAAGCCUUGCUGUAGUCUUUGUCAUCUUACUCCUUGUUGUAUUCAUCCUGAUAAGAAAAAAGAGAGCCUCAAAGCGAUCAGCUGAGAUUGGAGAGACAGCAGGUGACACCCAGGAACAGUGCCUUCCUCCUCAGAGCACGCAAGAGGAGCAGGACCUUCAUUAUUCCAGCGUUCAGUUCAUCACAAACCCAGAGCCAGAGUCUCUCUACUCCUGCGUCAGACCAGUUCAACCAGAGUCUCUCUACUCCUGCGUCAGACCAGUUCAACAACACGGACACCAGCUGCAAGAGAAUCAGGAUGUUGUAUAUGCCGCUGUCACUAUUAACAAGCCCACUUCUGCCCUGAGCUGAGCAGGAUGGGAGCGUUUCUGCAACAUUUAGAAAUAGUGAAUCUGCAGCUU